CCAGUGGGCAGCCUCCUGUCCUCUCUUCCCUCGCGCCGCCAGCUGCUCGUGGACUCAUCCCUCGGAACAGCCUCCUCUCUCAGUCGGUGCUGUGGUCCAGAGACGGCACCAGCAGACAACCCGGUAAGCUCUGGGUCAACAACACAGGGACGAUAAAAAGUAGCCUGCUGCGGAAGGGAAGCACGUCGGCUGCUGUUGCCUCUGUUACUGGAGCAGGAAGGAUUUUUCAAGAGAUUUUACAGUGAAUAUAUUCUAGGGCGCUAACUUACCCCUCACCUUACGGGCCAGACAGAAGAGAACAGAGCCGAAAGGGAACCGAGUUGGGCGGUUCUUUUACUGGGUAAAGAGAUGGCAUCAAGCGACUCACGGCUUCAUCAGCCUCCCUCACAGAAAGAUGCGGCUGACCAAAACUUCGACUACAUGUUCAAGCUGCUGAUCAUCGGCAACAGCAGCGUGGGAAAGACCUCCUUCCUCUUCCGCUAUGCCGACGACUCCUUCACCUCUGCGUUUGUCAGCACCGUGGGCAUCGACUUUAAGGUCAAAACUGUCUUUCGUAACAACAAGCAGAUCAAAUUGCAGAUUUGGGACACAGCAGGACAGGAGCUCUACCGUACAAUCACCACAGCCUACUACAGAGGAGCCAUGGGCUUCCUGCUCAUGUAUGAUAUCACAAACCAGGACUCCUUUGGUGCAGUGCAGGACUGGGCAACACAAAUCAAGACAUACUCAUGGGACAAUGCUCAGGUGAUCCUAAUUGGUAACAAAUGUGACCUCGAGGAUGACAGGCUUAUAGCUACAGAGGAUGGCCAACGGCUGUCUGAAGAGCUCGGCUUUCAGUUCUUCGAGGCCAGUGCCAAGGACAACAUCAACGUCAAGCAAGUGUUCGAGCUUCUUGUUGACGUCAUCUGUGACAAGAUGAAUGAGACCAUGGAGGCAGACACCAGCCUUACAACCAACCACAGGAACAAGAGCCUUAAAGACUCUUCAGAAAGCCAUGGUGCCUGUUCUUGCUGAGUGAUGUGUCUUUUUAUGAAGUCAAACACACACACUCUGCCACUCACACACACACACUAAUAACUCAUAUGAAGAACUUCUUUCACACUGUGCCUGGACCAUGGAAAGGGCUGCACCUCUCCUUCUGACUUCUACUUUGUCCACAUAGCUGCAUGGCCGCCAGAGGAUGGCUAACUGAGAUUAUCUUGAUUUGACCUUUCCAACAUGGCAGUCAUUUCCCGUAAAGAUGUUCACCGUGUCUCUUAUGUCUGUUUUCUAUGUGCUCUUUUCUGGUGUUACAACUAAGAACUAUGUACUGAAACCUUCUCAAGACUGUUUCCAAACAUAAACCUCCUUGGCCAAUCAGCAUGUAAUAUUUAGUUUGUGGAUUUGGUUUUCCAAACAAAUAUCAUGGCAAAGUGUAAAUGAUAUCACUGAACACUGUUAGAAUGAUUAAGUUCCCUCAGUGUAGAAUCCUUCAGUAAAAUGUACACAUUCAACCACAUUUGUACAACGAUAAGAUUUGUUAAAUUAAAGAAACAAUGUGAAACCUACUCAUGUACCAAGGCCACUUGACCUUUUAGAUUUUGACAUCAGACAAUGCAACACUUGCAGUGAUUUUAGAUCUUAACAUACAUAUAAGUUUAUGCACAGCUUCCAAAAAUGUACACAUGCAGACAAAUAUGUUGGCACCUAUGGUAAAGCUGAUUAUAAAUGAAUAAAAUAAACCCAUCUUAUAUCACAGAAACAUAAAUCCAACCUUCAAUUUUAGAAAAUGUAUUAAAUGUGUGAAAAAAUAUUAAAUAAUUAUUUUUGAGAAAAGCAGUGGUUGCAUAAUUUUUGGUUCCCCUGACAAUCUCUUUAAAAUAGACAGUAGUAGUAGAGUUUUUUUCAAACUCAUACUUAACAUUUUUAAGUUGAUCAGAGUUUCUAGGAACUUCUAGUUGGUAAUUUAGGAUUUUCUGUUUCACUUUGGGAUAAAUUAGACGUGACCCACAGGCCCAAUUCUUUUCCGCCUCAGGCCGCUAGGCUGGAACCAUAUUCAUCUUGGCUCCACACACAGUGACUAUGAUGGAAGAAAAAUCUCCAGAGCUCGCUGUGGUGUCUAGGGGUCAACAGGUCUCUACAGCAACAAUUAGAUGCUAUCUAAAUACUAGUUGGUUGUUUGGAAGUGAUUCUAGAGAAAAGCUUUUUCCAUCAUAUCAUCAUAAAUGUAAACCUAUGGAGUUUUCUAAACUCUACUAGAACUUACACUGGAAAUGUGCUUCAUUCAGUUGGGAAGUUAAGGCUUUUAAGAAAUAACACAUCCUUGGAGGGUUUGGCCUGUAACAAAGAUAGGUGGAAAAGCUCUUCAUGCCCACCAUAAAGAGUUGGGGAGGAUGUGUGAUGCCGUGGGCCUGUUUAACAUAAAAAAACAAAGAGAUCUUUUUAUCCCUUUUGAAUUUUUUUAAAGUACAUAAAUGAAAGGUUGGAUUUAUAAAACAAACAAUAAAAUCUGAAUUUAUUUUAAAGAUUUUUAAGCAUCUUUACCAGCGGUGCCAAUAAAUGUCCUAAAGGAAAUGUUUUUCUAUUUUGCAGAGAAAAACAUUUGUUUCCUUAUUAAGCUUUAAGAGAUACAGUACCAUUGUAUGCUGAUUUUAACAUAGAAUUUAAGACAAUGUCAAUCAAUUAACUCCAGCUGAUUGUAAAAACAUUAGAUUUAAUGUACAGAUAUGCACCUGUCAUCUUGCUUAUAUGUCCUCAAUCAUCCAACUGUGCCAUGCUUUCUUCAAGGUCUAUGCUAUGACACACAUGCUGCUGCCCUGAAAACAGGUGGGGAAAGCAAGUCUGUAUUUGUAUUAACUGAGUACUUUACAAUGAGAUAAAUUAUGUUGUUAUUGACAUAAUUACUGUUCUCUAAUAGCAAAACAGUGUGUGUGAGCUCAGAUGAGAAGGAACACUGAUCUCUGACACUAAGUCAAGGGCUCCAGUCAGCUUGUUCAAGGUGCCACUUUCUUCCCAAUUAUUGUUAAAAAUUCAUUUGAAGAAAAUGAAAUGAUGUGUUAUAUUCAUUCCAUAUGUUUACCAUAAAUAUCCUGCAUAUUAAACAACUUUUUCCUUCACCCUA